UUUUUUUUUUUUUCGCCGGAGUCGAGCGGGUGCUGCUAGCGGAGGCGCCAUAUUGGAAGGGACAAAACUCCGGCGACAGCGAGUGACACAAAUAAACCCCUGGACCCCUUCGCUCCCCCAGCUCUAAGGGCCGCGAUGUUGUACCUAGAGGACUAUCUGGAAAUGAUUGAGCAGCUUCCAAUGGACCUGCGGGACCGCUUCACGGAGAUGCGCGAGAUGGAUCUGCAGGUGCAGAAUGCAAUGGAUCAACUAGAACAAAGAGUCAGUGAAUUCUUUAUGAAUGCAAAGAAAAAUAAGCCGGAGUGGAGAGAAGAACAAAUGGCAUCCAUCAAAAAGGACUACUAUAAGGCUUUGGAAGAUGCAGAUGAGAAGGUACAGUUGGCAAACCAGAUAUAUGACUUGGUAGAUCGACACUUGAGAAAGCUGGAUCAGGAACUGGCUAAGUUUAAAAUGGAGCUGGAAGCUGAUAAUGCUGGAAUUACAGAAAUAUUAGAGAGGCGAUCUUUGGAAUUAGAUACUCCUUCACAGCCAGUGAACAAUCACCACGCUCAUUCACAUACCCCAGUGGAAAAAAGGAAAUAUAAUCCAACAUCUCACCAUACAACAGCAGAUCAUAUUCCUGAAAAGAAGUUUAAAUCUGAAGCUCUUCUAUCCACCCUUACAUCAGAUGCCUCUAAGGAGAACACAUUAGGUUGUCGAAAUAAUAAUUCCACAGCCUCUUCCAACAAUGCUUUCAAUGUGAAUUCCUCCCAGCCUCUGGCAUCCUAUAACAUCGGCUCAUUAUCCUCAGGAACUGGUGCGGGGGCAAUUACUAUGGCAGCUGCACAAGCAGUGCAAGCUACAGCUCAGAUGAAAGAGGGACGAAGAACGUCAAGUUUAAAGGCCAGUUAUGAAGCUUUUAAGAAUAAUGACUUUCAGCUGGGAAAAGAAUUUUCAAUGCCCAGGGAGACAGCUGGCUAUUCAUCGUCGUCAGCACUCAUGACAACAUUAACACAGAAUGCCAGCUCAUCAGCCGCCGACUCGCGCAGUGGUCGGAAGAGCAAGAACAACAACAAGUCUUCAAGCCAGCAGUCCUCCUCGUCUUCCUCCUCUUCUUCCUUGUCAUCGUGUUCUUCGUCAUCAACUGUUGUACAAGAAAUCUCUCAACAAACAACGGUAGUGCCAGAGUCUGAUUCAAACAGUCAGGUUGAUUGGACUUAUGACCCAAAUGAACCUCGAUACUGCAUUUGUAAUCAGGUCUCUUAUGGUGAGAUGGUGGGAUGUGAUAACCAAGAUUGUCCCAUAGAAUGGUUCCAUUAUGGAUGUGUUGGACUGACGGAAGCACCAAAAGGGAAGUGGUACUGUCCACAGUGCACUGCUGCAAUGAAGAGAAGAGGCAGCAGGCACAAAUAAAGGUGGUCGUUUUGUUUGAGGAAGAAAAAAACUGCAAGUAAACAUUUUAUAUUGGACUCUAAACAGAAGAAAAGAGAAAGAAGAAACAACACAUUUCCAGGCAACCACUUAAAGGAUUUAUAUAGACAAUCCUGUAAGAUCUUGAACUUGAAUUUUAUGGGUUGUAUUUUAAUAAUGUAAGUAAAUUAUUUAUGCACUCCUGGUGUGCUAUGAAUAUUAUUCCAGUUAGCCUUGGAUUAUUUCAGUGGCCAACAUAUGCAGACAUUUGUACUCCUCAACCAUUUUCUCAAAGUAAUGGGCAUUCUAUAAUUUAGACUUCAGAGAAUUCCAGCAAUGAAGAUUUUAAGAAAAGUAUUUUAUAUUCAACAGGUAUAUUCUGCUGCAUGUACUGUACUCCAGAGCUGUUAUGUAACAUUGUAUAUAAAUGGUUGCAAAAAAAAAAGUCAGUCCUUCUAAAAAGAAUUUAAGAUAAUGGUUUUUAAAAUGCCUUUAUAAUAAGCUUUGUUUCUUUGUGAAACUAAUUCAGCGGGCUGAAGGAAGUGGUUCAUGUGAUAAAGUGGGCUGGUGUCCUCUAGAGUACCUGGGUACAUAAACAGAAACUCCUGUAGAUAAAAACAAAUUUGUGCCAUUAGUCUUUAUAUGUUUCUGCAUCCAGAUAGAGUGCAGUUCAUGAGGGAGGGGGUGGGGGUGGGAGGGGAAAGGGUGUUAAAGUGAUACAUUUUUAUACCAAAUGUGUUUAUUUUUUUGUGCAAGUAAUCCUUAAAUUCGAAUUGUAUUAGGUGUUAAAAUAAAGUUUUUAAAAAAUUACUUGUAUUUAUACUUUACACAAUAAAAAUAUUUCUUAACUCCAAUUAAUUUCCAAUUUUCAUCAUCAGAAAAGGACAGAGGCCUAGGACACCAAAUGCUGUGUAGUUUGAUUGCUUUAAUAAUGUUGGGAAUUUGUGAAAAGUCAAUAAGGAAAAGACAUUUUUAGUGUAAAUUUUAAAUGCCAGUGUAUUUUUCUGGAACAUUUUUUGGUUUUUCCUUCAGUCUAAGGAAAGAAAGAAAGAAGUGUGAUUACAGCAACCAGAUUGAAAGUCAUAGUUACAGAUGUUUAGCCUGGAAGGAGUGUGGCCAGCUUGAGUAAAAAAAGUACCCUGGAUUGCAGCCGAAAAUUCAGCAGUUUUUUUGAUUCUGCCACAUGCUGGUAGGAAAGUUAAUUCAGAUUUUUAAUCACUUUGGGCUUUAUUAAACCAGAGUGAUUCUGGCGCCCGGAUCACUUUAAAGCACUGCUAGUGUUUUGUUCUAUAGGUGGUAUUAAAAUUACAAAUUUCGCAUGGUGAAUGUUUUAAAGUAUAAUAUUGAGUCUGGUCGAUAGGGAAAUCUUUCAAACCUUUCUUUUUUAAAGAUUUAUUUAUUUAUUUGAAAGGCAUAGUUACAGAGAGACCAAGAGAGAGGGAGAAAGAAGUCUUACAUCUGUUGGUUCAUUCUCCAAGUGGCCACAGUGGCCAUAAUGGCCAUAGCUGGGCUGAUCUGAAGCCAGGAGCCAGCUUUUUCAGGGUCUCCCACACACAUGCAGGGGCCCAAAGACUUGGGCCGUCUUCUGCUGCUUUCUCAGGUGACAGCAGAGAGCAGAGAACUGGGUCAGAAGUGGAACAGCUGGGACUGUCACUGCAGGCAGCAGCUUUACCCACUGUGCCACGGUGCUGGCCCCUUCAGACUUUUUUGAGAUUCAUAUUACAUCACAUUUCUGUUAUAUUAAGAUUUAUUGGGUCCAUCAGAUUUUCACUUUAAUUAAAGCCACUGUGAGCCGCUUGGAAAACUUACCCAGAAAAUGAUGUAGAAUCUCUGCAGUGCUAUCUAAAACAUAUAGAUUAGAUAGGAGACUUCAGAGGCUCCUUUCAGCAUUGUAUUCCAUGUUCUGAGCUGCUACAGUCUGAUUUUAUAACUGACAGCUCCCCCAAAGUAAGUUAGGUUCAUCUGUGUAUACUCACAAGUUCACAGUGUCAUUGAGUAUAAUGCAGUAUUUUCAUGGAGAAUUUAAUAAACCUGUAAGAAGUAAUAAAUCACAUGGUAUUCAUUUAGCUUAUCGGUCAGUGGCCCGGAGACUUACAUCCUUUAAUUACAUAUUAUGACUUUGCCAAACUCAUCUAUUGUAUAAUAAUUGGUCAAAGGAAAACGCCUUCUGCAGACAACUUUAUAUGAAGAGUCCUUGUCUGAAUCAGGAACAUCUGUUCCCAGUUGCUGCAGCCCCUGUCAGGUUGUGAAUUCGACUUUCUACCAAAUUGCUUGGUAAACACUUGGACGAGUUUUAAACACAAACAUUGUGUAAAGAAGUAAGCCAGAAUGGUGUGCAAGUGUUUAGUAAUGAAUGGAACCUGCUAAUAUCUGACAUAUAUAAAAAAUGGGACAAACCUGGAACUACCUCAUCAAAAGAAAAAAAGUGGCCAACUAUUGAUACCUUUUGUGACAUUUACAACAAAGGGUAUAAUGAAUAUUUCUGAUAAUUAUAAAAUAUACAUUCAAAAAUCAUUUUGUCAAAAAUUCAUGUAAUAAUUGGUGGCAGAAAAAUAUCUAAAUGUGGGUUCACAAUUUAUAGGUAAAAUUUACAGGUGCUGUGGAGUGUAUAUUAAAAUGUUCACGGUAACACAUUUGAAGCAACAAAUGGCUUAAUUAAAUGCCUAAAUGGAGUGUUUGAUA